AGCUGCCUUUUUUCCCUUUUCAAACAAAAAAUGAGUUGCACUCAUAGGCUCUAAACUGCUUUUACGCUAAUCAUGUUAACUCACUCGCCUAUGAGCACUGCAAAAGAGCUUGCAGACCAGUUUGCGAAGCAGGGGAUGCGCUGUACCGAAGGCGACUCCUCUCCGCAGCUGUGGUGUUCGUACUGUACCGCAUAUCUUAGCGAGAAAGCUGCUAUUUCAAAAGACCAGGAGGAUUGUGCACAGGAAAGGAAUGCGUCUCCGCAGAACACUGCGCAGAGCCCACGUAGUCAACCGCGCGCAACGGAGCCAACCGCACCUUCAUCGUCUUCUCAUGUAGUAAGUGUACGAGCUACAAAGGAGGCAAUUCUCGCGCAUUGUGCGACGCGUACUCACCUGCAUCUCUACGAGCACCACACACAGGAGGAUCUGCGCCACUGGUGCCCGGUGGAACUCCACGGUUACCGGAUGCUUUUGAACCACCAUUGCGUGUAUCCGGCACGCAUGUUUGGGGAUGGCAGGCUGCUCAUGGACUUCACCAUCGCUGGUGGAAUGUUGUUGGGGCAGGACGUGUGCGGGGGUGUGAAGCUGUGGCCGCAGCAUCGAUACGCUGCUGUCGAGCUGGUGCUUCCGUCCUCCCGCAGCGGCGUGCGGGAGGUGUGGGUACCGCUGCCGGAGCGAGAGGAAAUCGAAGCAAAAAUCAAGCCGCCUUCUUUAAAGCGACCAAAAGGAGAAGGCCGCAGCAUGCAGCUGCUUCACGAAGGUUCUGAGAUCCCUGCCGCGGUGGCAUGGACCUACAACAACGAGGAUCAGGUAGAUGAGAAAGCUCCCUUUCUUUUCAGGAAGGAUCAUGCAAUGAUGCUUCAGUUUGUUCCGCGCUACUUCGACGAGGAUCACGGCCUGCGCAGCCGGCGUGUGAUAGAGGGCACCUUGGCAGCGGUUCUAGAUGCCACCAACGCCUCCAUCAUCGCCGAAGCCCGCCUGCACGAACAACGGAGACGGUACUCGAUCACGCACAACCUCGUUAAAAGCGCCAACCACUGCGAAUCGGGCGCGAAGAGGGGGUGCAGCGAUAUUUCUGAGGGUUUGUGA